AUGCGUCUCCUCAAGACGCUUGGUUUUUUUUCUUCCAUCUCAGCAGUACUGGCCUAUGGCCACAAACCAACCCAACAAUACCACAACGUCCAUAACGUCCACAGGAGGGACUUUGCGAACGAGACAAGCCAUCAAUCCAACGCGACAGAAUAUGACUAUGUGAUAGUUGGUUCAGGCCCUGGAGGUGCUCCUCUGGCCGCAAGACUAGCUAUUGCUGGGUUCAAGGUUCUACUUCUGGAUGCAGGAGACGACCAAGGAAAUGCAACCAGACAGAUGGUCCCUGCUCUGCAGCUUCAGUCUACAGAAUACACACCUAUGAAGUGGGAUUAUUUUGUUAAUCACUACUCCAAUUUGACUCGCCAGGAGAAGGACUCCAAAAUGACAUACCGCACACCCUCUGGUGAUCUUCACGUGGGUAGCAACCCACCAAAUGGAUCAGAGCCUUUGGGCAUCCUCUAUCCGCGGGCGGGUACUCUAGGUGGCUGCUCAGCUCACAAUGCCAUGAUCACCAUCUACCCCUAUGAGAACGACUGGGAAAAUUUGGCAAGCCUCACUGGCAACGAGUCAUGGUCUGCUACCAACAUGCGUGGAUACUUCGAGAAACUGGAGCGAAACAGAUACCUGCCGACCAGUAUUGUGGGUCAUGGAUUUGAUGGGUGGCUCACAACAAGUCUGACCGAUUUGCGUCUCGUGAUUGAGGAUCAAAAGCUGCUAUCGUUGAUCUUGGCUGGUGCAACUGCUGCAGGUCAGAGUUUGCUCGGAAAAAUCAUCGAUACGGUCACCGGACUCGCAGGGGUCUUAUUGCGUGAUCUCAAUGAUCCAUCCCCUUUGCGUGACUACCAGACCGGCCCAUUCCAAGUUCCUCUCGCUGUUGAUGUCCCGGAAUAUAGGCGCACUGGUCCCCGAGACUUCCUCAUGGACACGGUUAAUGCUGUGAAUGAUGAUGGAUCCCGGAAAUAUCACUUAGAUAUUCAGUUGAAUACCCUCGUGACCAAGGUCCAAUUUGACACAACUGGAGCCAAGCUUCGCGCUACUGGUGUGGAAUAUCUCCGAGGAGAAAGUCUUUACCGUGCGGAUCCUCGGGCGUCGAUGACUUCCUCCGGUGGCACGCCCGGAAGUGUUAGCGCAGCUCGUGAAGUGAUUCUUUCUGCUGGAUCUUUCAAUACGCCUCAGUUGUUGAAGCUGAGUGGUGUUGGACCCAAGGAGGAGUUGACAAAUUUUGGUAUCAAGACUUUGGUUGAUCUGCCCGGUGUGGGAUCCAAUCUUCAAGAUCGCUACGAGACUGGUCUCGUCGGCAAGUCACCCACUGACUUUGUCCUCACUGAGAAAUGUACCUUCAUGUAUACCCUUCCCGAUCCCUGUCUGGAACAAUGGGAAAAUGAUCCUUUAUGGAAAGGUACCUACGGCACUAACGGCAUCGCGAUUGCCAUCAUUCAUCAAUCAUCGAUCGCAGACGAGGAGCCUGACCUGUUGAUCUCGGGUGCGCCAGCAAAUUUCCCCGGUUACUAUCCCAACUACUCCUAUGAAGGUCUCAAGGAUGCUCAACACUGGACCUGGAUCACAUUGAAGUCGCGUAGCCACAACAAUGCUGGAACCGUGCAAUUGCGAUCAACUGACCCUCGCGACACUCCUCUCAUCAACUUCAACUCUUUCGAUACUGGUGUCACUACCAACGAUGCAGACGAGAAGGAUCUCCAGGCUGUAUACGAAGCUAUGGAGUUUUCCCGCACCAUCUUCGAGGACCUUAUUCACCUUGACGGCGGAUUUGAAGAGGUUUGGCCAGGUCCUAAUGUGAGUACUGAGGCUGAGUUGAAGGACUUUAUCAAGCGUGAAGCUUGGGGACACCACGCGUGCUGCACAGCUGCUAUCGGCGAGGAUGGAGACCCCCAGGCCGUUUUGGAUGCUGAUUUCCGGGUGCGUGGGGUCGAUGGACUGCGUGUUGUGGAUGCUUCUAUUUUUCCUAAGAUUCCUGGUUAUUAUAUUGCCUUGCCCAUUUACAUGGUUAGUGAAAAGGCUGCCGAAGUCAUCAUUGGGGAUGCUGCAUAA